UCCUCCAAGCAAACAUAAUUUGCACGGCAAUUGAGUCCUUCACGGACUGCAGUUCGUCUUUCGCAGAAACCCGGCCGAUGUUUACACACGCACGCACACACUGUUCCAUACGCAUGUGCUGCUGCUAAUUGAGCUGAAUUGGGAAUUCUCUUCUAGGGUUUUUGUUAAGAUCGCGCACUGUGAAUAAAUGAAGCCAAUAAGGUUGCCCGAGCCGCCCUCCGGCAGCCCUAUUGGCAGCGUGCCGGAUAUCUUCGAGGGUGGUGUUUACGGAGUCGUACGGCGCGCCGUCAUCAUCGGGAAUGGUUUUCCGGCUUCCGAGAACCAAAGCAUCGGUCUCGUUCGCGCCCUCGGCCUGGCCGACAAGCAUACUUUAUAUCGGGUUACAAGGCCAAGAGGAGUCGUCAAUGACUGGUUUCUCUGGCUCCCAGUUUCUCUGCACAGGAAAUUAGAUUACAUCAUAAGGCAGAUAUAUGGUUACUCGCAAAUUCUGUUACCAGGUGGAAGGAAGAAACUUGUACCUCUGCCUACACAAAAUGGUGGCAACAUUGGCUUGUCAUCUAUUUUAGAAGCUGAUGUGAAGAAAAUUGUUACCAUGGCUCGCGAGACUUUUGAGAAGGAGGGACCUAUUCUGGUUGUUGCAUCCGGCAGGGACACCAUAACGGUGGCAGGUGCCAUAAGGAGAUUAGCAUCUGAAAAUGUUUUUGUUGUUCAGAUUCAGCAUCCAAGAACCCAUUUAAAUAGGUUUGACAUGGUCAUUACUCCUCGACAUGAUUAUUAUCCUUUAACUCCUCAAGCAAGGGAGCAGAUCCCUCGGUUUCUUCAUCGGUGGAUAACUCCACGUGAACCUCCUGAUAGAAAUGUGGUCCUGACUUUAGGAGCUCUUCAUCAAGUUGAUUCUGCUGCACUACGAAGUGCAGCUAUCACCUGGCAUGAUGAGUUUGCACCUUUUCCAAAACCUUUGCUGGUGGUAAAUGUCGGCGGGCCUACAUGCCGCUGUCGAUAUGGUGUGGACCUUGCAAAACAGUUAACAGCCUCUCUUCAAAAUGUACUUGCAAGCUGUGGAAGUGUAAGAAUAUCUUUCUCAAGGAGAACACCUGAUAAGGUUUCCAACAUCAUUGUGAAAGAACUUGGAAAUGAUCCUAAAGUUUACAUAUGGGAUGGUGAAGGGCCAAAUCCACACAUGGGCCAUCUGGCUUGGGCAGACGCUUUUCUCAUUACAGCUGAUUCAGUUAGUAUGUUGAGUGAAGCUUGUAGCACAGGAAAGCCCGUGUAUGUUAUUGGAGCUGAGCGUUGUACGUGGAAGUUCAUGGAAUUCCACAGAACCCUGAGGGAACGGGGUGUUGUUCGCCCUUUUACUGGUCUCGAGGAUAUGUCAGAAAGCUGGAGUUACCCUCCGUUAAAUGACACUGCUGAAGCAGCCAAUUGGGUACAUGAUGCACUUGCCCAGCGUGGAUGGAGAUUGCGGCCAUAGGGGAAAAUAUUCUAUAUAUGGUUGUGAGUUAAAUCUUCCAGAUGUUUUUGGAUUUAGAGCUGUAUUCUUAGUACAUGAAAUGUUCAAAUCAUAUGGUGAUUUAUACAUGUUAGAAAAUGGAUGGAUGAAGUCUCUGGCUCAUUCUUUAAUCUUUUACCCACCCCAUGGGAUUUUUGAGAUAUGCAGAAUAAAAGUGCAGCAUAACUGAA